ACCCAGGCGAGCGCUAGCCAGGGCGCACGUCAGCGCGCGCCCGGAGCCCCGCGCGCAGGCCCCGCCCCUUCCCCUGCUCCGUCCCGCCCCCAGCCUCUGGGCUCAGGCUCGGUUCUGGGGCUCUCGCUCAGCAGCUGGGCAUCCGCGCUUCGCGGCCAUGGAGAUUCCUGGGAGUCUGUGCAAGAAAGUCAAGCUGAGCAACAACGCGCAGAACUGGGGGAUGCAGAGAGCAACUAACGUCACUUAUCAAGCUCACCAUGUCAGCAGGAACAAGAGAGGGCAGGUGGUGGGGACCAGAGGUGGCUUUCGCGGUUGCACAGUCUGGCUGACAGGACUGUCUGGGGCGGGCAAGACGACGGUGAGCAUGGCUCUGGAGGAGUACCUGGUUUGCCAUGGCAUUCCAUGCUACACUCUGGAUGGUGACAACAUUCGCCAAGGUCUCAAUAAGAACCUUGGCUUCAGUCCCGAGGACAGAGAAGAGAACGUCCGGCGCAUCGCGGAGGUGGCGAAGCUGUUUGCAGACGCGGGCUUAGUGUGCAUCACCAGCUUUAUAUCCCCGUACACACAGGACCGCAACAAUGCGAGGCAGAUUCACGAGGGUGCAAGCUUACCUUUCUUUGAAGUCUUUGUUGAUGCUCCUCUGCAUGUCUGUGAACAGAGAGAUGUCAAGGGACUCUACAAGAAAGCACGCGCGGGAGAAAUAAAAGGCUUCACGGGGAUCGAUUCUGAGUAUGAGAAACCGGAGGCCCCAGAGCUGGUGUUGAAAACGGACUCCUGUGACGUCAAUGACUGCGUCCAGCAAGUCGUGGAGCUUCUCCAGGAACGGGAUAUUGUACCUGUGGACGCCUCCUAUGAGGUGAAAGAACUCUAUGUGCCAGAGAACAAACUGCAUUUGGCAAAAACGGACGCAGAAGCAUUACCAGCACUGAAAAUCAAUAAAGUGGAUAUGCAGUGGGUGCAGGUUUUGGCGGAAGGUUGGGCGACUCCUCUGAAUGGCUUCAUGAGAGAGAGGGAAUACUUGCAGUGCCUUCAUUUCGAUUGCCUUCUGGACGGAGGGGUCAUCAACUUGUCAGUGCCAAUAGUUCUGACAGCUACGCAUGAGGACAAAGAGAGGCUGGAUGGCUGUACAGCGUUUGCUCUGAUGUAUGAGGGCCGCCGUGUAGCCAUUCUUCGAAAUCCUGAAUUUUUUGAGCACCGGAAAGAGGAGCGUUGUGCCAGACAGUGGGGAACAACAUGCAAGAACCACCCCUACAUUAAGAUGGUUAUGGAACAAGGCGAUUGGCUGAUUGGAGGAGAUCUGCAGGUCCUCGACCGAAUUUACUGGAACGAUGGCCUUGACCAGUAUCGUCUUACUCCUACCGAGCUCAAGCAGAAGUUUAAAGAUAUGAAUGCUGAUGCUGUCUUUGCAUUUCAGUUGCGCAACCCAGUGCACAAUGGGCAUGCCUUGUUAAUGCAGGACACCCACAAGCAGCUUCUAGAGAGGGGCUACCGGCGCCCCGUCCUGCUCCUCCAUCCCCUUGGUGGCUGGACGAAGGAUGACGAUGUCCCUUUGAUGUGGCGUAUGAAGCAGCAUGCUGCAGUGCUGGAGGAGGGCAUCUUGAAUCCUGAGACAACCGUGGUGGCCAUCUUUCCAUCUCCUAUGAUGUAUGCUGGGCCAACCGAGGUCCAGUGGCAUUGCAGAGCGCGGAUGGUGGCAGGAGCCAAUUUUUAUAUUGUUGGACGAGACCCUGCUGGCAUACCUCAUCCGGAGACGGGGAAGGACCUCUAUGAGCCAACCCACGGAGCCAAAGUGCUGACAAUGGCCCCCGGCCUCAUCACCCUGGAAAUAGUGCCCUUCCGAGUUGCAGCUUACAACAAGAAGAAGAAGCGGAUGGACUACUAUGACUCCGAGCACCACGAAGACUUUGAUUUUAUUUCAGGAACACGCAUGCGCAAGCUGGCGCGUGAAGGUCAGAAGCCUCCCGAGGGCUUCAUGGCUCCCAAGGCCUGGACUGUUUUGGUGGAGUACUACAAGUCCCUAGAGAAAGCGUAGCCGCUGAGCCAGCCACUCACCUGGGAUGCAAGACUGAGUGACGGAGGGGACCACGCAGUCAGCGACAGUGUUUCUCUGUGGGCGGGUCCAUCUGGUCACACUUCCUGAAAACAGACCGUUUCCUCCGUGUGCAUCCGUUUUGGUCUGCCUUUGGGUUCUGUUUUGAACUAUGUAACAUCUCUGCUCGUAAUGUGUCUUUUCCACUUACUGUUAACAUUCUUAUGAUAAGAUUGAAAAAUCUUGCCUUUUUAUAUUGUAUUUAUGCUUCUGUCCUAGGAUUUUCCAAGCUGAUUUAUUAGUUAUAACCAAUAAUACACACAUCAUCUAACUUUUAAUUUUCUAAGAAAGGGGGGGAUCACUAAACAGUAAACUUGGCUUGUUUGGAGAAUUUUACAAAUUUUACAAGAUAUCUGUAGCAAUUCGAGUUUUUUAUUUUACAUUAAAAAAUGUAAACUGCUCCUUCCUUUGCAACCCAAUAUGCUGAGGUAUUCUUGUAAUCUGUGUUCGGUGUUGAAUGAAUGCCUUGAUUCAAUAAAAUUAAUUUUGGGGGGCUUCUCCUUUA